AUGAACUUAUUAUUCUACAUAGAGAUAUGGAUAAGGAAUCAGCACGUGAAUUUGCUGAAGAAAUUCGAGGUUAUGUUGCAAAAUCUGUUGAAGCGUUAUAUGAAGAUGCGAUAUCUAAAGGGGCACAAUUUGUGGGUGGAAAUAUCUUUAAAGCUGUGUUUACUCUAGGAACAGCUGGCCCUCGUGCAGCAGGAAAUGGAUUUCUAGUAAUGACUGAUCACAAUGAGAAGGCAAAAAGAUUGAAGGAGAAACUGAAGAAAUGA